UAUAUAUAAAUGAGUUAUGAACAGGCCCACCGUUGUUUUUUCUUAAUUGUUUACCCAUCACUCAAUUCGGGCAAAUUACCUGAUUUUACCUAAUAUAUAAAGAGUCCCCCCGCCCCCCGCUUCCCUGAAAUGGUACAGCCUUCAGAGCUCUCGUCUUUUCGCAUCGGAGGUGGAGCAUCCUUUCUCAGCGCAGUAUUUCUAAACUAAAGCUCAUUCAAACAUGAGUUUGACCAAUUUCUGACCUAUUAUUCUUAGGGCCUCAAAAAGCAUAGCAUCGGCCCUGCCCCCGCCCCCCAUUAGAGAAGUGGACGGCGUGAGAAGUGGACGGCGUGACACCAUUUUGUGCACGACACGUGCCAAAUAUAGUUUCCCAGAAUCACUACUUAAAGUGAAAAGAACAGUGAGGAAGUGGGAGAUAAUUAUAUUGUUUGUUUUGGAUUCACUCUGUGACUACAAUGGCGUACACAUCAUCCCUAAAUGAUCAUCUGUCCUGUUCUGUUUGCUGUGACAUCUUUGAAGACCCGGUUAUCCUAUCGUGUAGUCACAGUUUCUGCAAAGGCUGUCUGCAGAGUUGGUGGACGAAGAAACAGGAACAGCAGUGUCCACUUUGCAAGAGGAGAUCUUCAAAAACCGAACCACUCAGGAACAUUGCUCUGAAGAACCUGUCGGAGGCCUUCCAGCGGGAGAACGCGGAUCUCUGCGCUCUGCACGGUGAGAAACUCAAGCUCUUCUGUCUCGAUGACCUGGAGACGGCGUGUGUCAUCUGUCGACAUUCUGAAAAACACGCCAAGCACGGAUUCCUUCCUGUGGAUGAAGCUGCCACGAUCCACAAGGAAGCAAUUCAGAAAUUACUAAAACGACAGAAGGAGAAGUUAGAGGUCUUGGUGGAGACCAAGAAAAAGUGUCAGAACAUAGCAGCGCACAUUAAUAUCCAGGCCACGCACACCGAGAAACAGAUUCAAAAGGAGUUUGAGAAGCUCCAACAGUUUCUCAAAGAUGAAGAGAAGUCCAGGAUCACUGCGCUGAGAGGCGAACAGAAGUUGAAAGGUAAGAAGAUAAAGAAGGAGAUCGAGGAGCUGUCGAAGCAGAUAGAAACCAUUUCGCACACAGUCACCGAGACGGAGCAGCAGCUGGUGGCUGGAGACAUUUCCUUCCUGAAGAAGUACAAGGCUACAAGAGAGAAAGUAGCUCAGCCCCCACCCUGGCCAGGUCUCUCCUAUGGAGCGCUGCUGGACGUGGCCAAACACCUGGGCAACCUGGCCUACGCAGUCUGGAAGAAGCUGGGGGAGAACGUCUCCUCCUUCCCUGUGAUCCUGGACCCCAACACCGCCGGCCCUGAUCUCCACCUGUCUGAGGACCUGACCAGCGUGAGAUGUGGAGCGAGACAGCAGCUCCCUGAGAACCCAGAGAGGCUACAGUAUGGUGUGCUGGGAUCUGAGCCACUUAAAUCAGGGACCUACACCUGGCAGGUAAUGGUGGGAGGCAGCGCUCAGUGGGGCCUGGGCGUUAGCAUGGGUCUCAACCAGCCACCAGGAUCGAGGUCGUCUGAGGUGCAGAUACCAGGCAGCAUCCAUGUUGUUAAGUGUUAUAAAAUAGGGUUACAUAACGGUAGAUACAGAUCAGCGUCAUCAAAUCAAUCUGGAGGAUGGGUUGAUCUUCACCGAGCGAGGCCGAAGUCACCCUGGAUCAGAAUGAGGUGGAAUACUACGAACGCUUCUGGUGUAGUGUCUUUCACUGAUCCUGAAGCCAACAAGAAAAUACUCUCAUUGGAGGUCCCAUCAUUGGUUUUACCAUUCAUCAAUACCACUGAUACGGUUCCUUUGAAGAUUUCCCCAUGGAAGGAGCUAGAGCUUAUGGCGCCUUUCCACCGGAGGCUGUCUGACCAGUUGGUUUGGAUUCACUCUGUGACUACAAUGGCGUACACAUCAUCCCUCUUUGACGAUCUCACCUGUUCUGUUUGCUGUGACAUCUUUAAAGACCCUGUUAUCCUAUCGUGUAGUCACAGUUUCUGCAAAGGCUGUCUACAGACAUGGUGGACAGAAAAACAGGAACAGCAGUGUCCACUUUGCAAGAGGAGAUCUUCAAAGACCGAUCCACCCAGGAACAUCGCCCUGAAGAACCUGUCGGAGGCCUUCCAGCGGGAGAACGCGGAUCUCUGCGCUCUGCACGGUGAGAAACUCAAGCUCUUCUGUCUCAAUGACCUGGAGACGGCGUGUGUCAUCUGUCGAGAUUCUGAAAAACACGCCAACCACAGAUUCCUUCCUGUGGAUGAAGCUGCCGCGAGCCACAGGGAAGACAUUGAGAAAUUACUAAAAACACAGAAGGAGAAGUUAGAGCACUUUGUUGAGACCAAGAGAAAGUGUGAGGACAUAGCAGCGCACAUUGAUGUCCAGACCGCGCACACCGAGAGACAGAUUCAAAAGGAGUUUGAGAAGCUUCACCAGUAUCUCAAAGAUGAAGAGAAGUCCAGGAUCACUGCGCUGAGAGGCGAAGAGGAGUUUAAAGUUCAGAAGAUGGAGAAGGAGAUUGAGGAGCUGUCGACCUUUUCGCACACAGUCACAGAGACGGAGCAGCAGUUGGUGGCUGACGACAUUUCCUUCCUGAAGAAGUUCAAGGCUACAAGAGAGAAAUUAGCCCUGGCCCGACCCUUGGAAGCUCUACCGCAGGGAGCGCUGCUGGACGUGGCCAAACACCUGGGCAACCUGGCCCACGCAGUCUGGAAGAAGCUGGAGGAGAACGUCUCUUACUUUCCUGUGAUCUUGGACCCCAACACCGCUGGCCCCGAUCUCCACCUGUCUGAGGACCUGACCAGCGUGAGAUACGGAGCAAGACAACAGCUCCCUGAGAACCCAGAGAGGCUGAAGUAUGGUGUGCUGGGAUCUGAGCCACUUAAAUCAGAGACAGGUCACUCCUCCCUGGUGUGGACCUGGGAGGCAGAGGUGGGAGACAGCGCUAACUGGGAGCUGGGCGUAAACAUUGAUAUAUUUUAUGGAGUCCCAUCUGGAACGUAUUGUGUGUCGUUUCCGUUUCGCUACCCUGUUGAUAAUUAUUUUAAAAUAGGGUUACAUAAUGGUAGAUACAGAUCAGUAUCAUCACAACAAUCUGGAGAAUGGAUUGAUCUCCCAGCGAUGCAGAAGUUACAGAGGAUCAGAAUGAAUUGGUAUCCGACCACUCAUGUAAUCUCCUUCAGUGAUCCUAAAACCAACCAGGCAAUCCACUCAUGGAUUGUUUCAGCAACUAAUGUACUACAACAAUUUAAUAUAUUACCAUUUAUCAAUUCCACUGAUACAGUUCCUUUGAAGAUUUCCCCAGGGAAGGAGCUGUAAUCUGAUUUGUUCUUGUUGAUCCUUAAGCAAUGGAAAACAGAACAAGGAUUUAAAUAAUGCAAAUAAUAAUGUUAAGACAUGCAUGUUUCCUUGUCACACGGUCAAAGAUGAAUGUUGUAUGGUUUCCUAAUUACGUAAGAUCACGUUAAAUGUUUAAUAUGUACAAUUAUGGAUUAUUACUAAUUAAAUUGAACAGGGUUAUAUGCUCCGUAAAUGUACUAAGUAAGUUUGACUGGGUUAAAUGUUGUGUAAAUGUAUUACUUUAAAUUGAAAAGGAUUACGUGUUGUGUAUAUGUGUGACGUAACCAAGUAUUAUUAUUAGUUAGGCCUAUUAAAUCGAUCUGGGUCAUUGCUGGGGGAACUUCAGAGGUUAUUGGAAGGCCUGAUUGUCAUUUUGAUUUCGGUGUCAAUAAAGUUUGAUCCAAGA